UACUUCCGGUUUCAGAAGGCGAUGUUGAAAUUUCACAACUAAUGAGAUUUUUUUGUAAUUAGAAAGGCAGUCAGAAUGCCAAAGAAAUUUGUUGGGGAAAACUCCAAGGCUGCAGUAGCCCGCGCAAGGAAGAAUGCUAAAGCUGAAGAAGAAAAAGAACGCAAACAGAAGGAAGAAGACGAUGCCUAUUGGAAAGAUGAUGAUAAACAUGUCAUGAGGAAACAAAAUAGGAAGGAUGACCGAGAGAAGAAGAAACAAGAGCAACAAGAAAAGAAGUUGGAGCUGAAGAAACUUCAUGAUGAGGAGAUGGAGAGUAUCAAAACCAAGCAGGCAGCACCAACCAAAAUGACACGUGCUCAGAUUGAAGCUGAAAGGGAGAGACAAGCUGCAUUUGCAGCAGCGAGCAAGAAGGAGGAUGUUCCAUUGAAUGAACAGCCAUUGGAAGAGAAUAUCAAUCGCUUGGAGACCGAUGGCACGGAGGCAAGAUCUGUUGUGGAAGCAAUUCAAGUUCUAAGCGUGAAAGACAAUACAAGUGAGGUGGACCUCCAUCCAGAGAAGAGAGUUAAAGCAGCCUAUGCUGCAUUUGAGGAACGAAAUCUUCCACAAUUGAAGGCCGAAAAUCCCAAUCUAAGACUUUCGCAACUCAAGCAAAUGAUACGCAAAGAUUGGAUGAAAUCUCCUGAGAAUCCGCUGAAUCAGCGCCUUCAGGAAUUCAAUCAUAAAAGAUAAAUUAAAUCAAAUGUACAGUGCAAAGUUAGGGCCGGUGACAAAGUGAGGGCUGCAGUUGUACAUCAUUUUUGUUAUGAAUGAGCUUACAAGGGAGAGAUUUGUUUGGGGGAGAGGGGUAUUCUGCUUUUGGGUUAAGUGGUUCUGGGGCAGACCUACAAUUAUGAAGAAUCUUCCAAUUAUGUAUCAUGAGUUUCAGGGUCUUUCGCAGCACUUACUGGGUAUGGAAGUUGAGAUGACUAUGUACAUGUACGGAUGACCUUGGUAUUCAAGGAUUCCUUAUGAAGUGCCUAAUUGAUUUCCCAUUCAUGCGCAAGUCUGGGCAGAGUGGAAUUCCUUUGCGCUGUUGAUUAUUGAGUGUGCUAACAGGUCUUGGAAGACUUGCUUGUCAUGGUGUCAAAUGACUUCACUAAAGAUUAGCUAUAUUUUUGAAAUGUCAAACGGUGAUUUUACAGCUGUGUUACCAUGCUUGUAGUAGAGUCUACUCAAUUAAAUGGGAUUUCAGGAAAUGUUUGUUACAAGUCUUUCCAUGUCUGUCAGUCGGUUUAAUGAGAGGCUUGAAUAUAGACGAUGACUAUGAUAUAGACUAUUGAUGAUGCCAUGAAAUCUGUCUGUGUGGCUGAAAUCCACAGGCAAAAUCACGAGAUUUGAGUAGGUGGGAUUCCCCAAGAGAAGUGUACUUAUUGGAGCUAAAAAGACUUCUUGUGGUGGGACAGAAACGCCAGAGAUUGUAUCCCACCUUUUGCAGUAUUCUAGUUAUGGAAUUUAUGAAAGAUGACAUUGUACAUGUAAAAUUGUACUUUAUUUAUUCUGGUAUAGGCGUCUGGUUGACUGUACAUGUAAUUGUGCUUCUGUUUAAUUUGGUGGAAGGAAUUUUCUUAUGUAAAAUAUAUCCUGGUGGUGCCUUUUCAUGGUUACACAUGUGACAUGAUCAAAGUAAGGACAAUUAUCACAAUGAUAUGGAUAAGUUAUGAUGGUAAAUAAAUGUGCUUUUUUCUAAAACA